AUGUUCUAUAGGAUACUGCCCAGAUGUAGAACUUCUCAUUUUUUAAGCAGAGCAAAUCCUUCAGAGCUAGGUUUAUAUUUAUUAUUAACUGCUGAAAGGCUUAAUGGUAUUGAUUGCUAUCUUUUUGGAUUUGUUGAAUGCUAUAAAUGAUUAGGUAACUUUGAACUAAAGAACUAUCGAAGAGCUUAUUACAAAACAGUCCAAAAUAAUAAAGUGGAAAACUGUGAGCAGGCCUAA